UAUUGACCUGCGGUUUGGACGUGUAGUCAAGCUGGUAUCAGCGCGUGCACCGCUGUCUGACCAAUAGGAAGCGCUGUUGCUAGGCUCUGCGUAGCUGUCCAAUGGAAAGCAUCGUUCUCGGCCCAGGCGAUGAGGGCAGGGUCGGAUGUUGGAUGGGUUUCGGCUCCAAAUACUAGAAGUUAGUUUUCAGUUUGCGGCUUUAAUUGAUUGAGGAUUUCUGGAGUGUGGUGUGUGUUGAUAGAGAUAGAGAUAGAGAUAGUAAUGGGGGGCAGCAGCAGCUCCAGACACAUCUCAAUGGAGUCUGAGGACGCAGAAGGGCUGGUGUUUGUGAAGGGCAUUCGGUGAAUCUGCUGUGAUCAUGGCUGGGAGUGUUCAAUGUUUUUUUUUAAUCAUGUAUUUUACACUGGAAAGGGUCCAUGGCUGCAAAAAACUGACAGAUAGAGUGGUUGAUCGUAUGAGGGAGCCUCCACCAGUACAGCGUCCUCAGUCCAAAAGCUUAACAUGUCCUCCAAUGGCUCAGCCUUUAAAUCCUCAGAAUAAGACCUUGGCCCCUACUGAUGUUUUGGCACCGAUAUUGUCCAAUCCUCCUUCUUAUGCCAGCGCACUGGUACCACCACCUCUGCAGGAGCCCAUCAGUCCCCUUGUUCCUCUUGUGUCAGUGAGUCCGGAGACUCCAGCACCACCUACAUACACACCAACUGUUGAAGCAGUUCCCUCAGUCACUCAUACUGCACCUGAGUCUGUGCCUGCUCCCGUGGCUUCGGUUCAGGAACAUGUAGCAAUAUCCACGCUUACUGACUCUGUACCUCCAGGUCCACCUGCUGAAUCCUUACCAAUAACCGCAUCUCCAUUAACUUUCACUGAGCCUGCGGUCAUGCCUCUACCUUCUGAACCUGUACCUGUAGUAUUGUCACCUUCUACUGUGGACUGUUCUCCACUUCCACCUACAAUUACUGAUACUGUGACAACUGCUCCACCUAGUGAACUCAUAGCCAUACCUGUUGAAGCCCCAGCAAUGCCAUUAACUGAUGAUGUGAUCACAGCUCCACCUGUUGAAGCCAUACCCUUGCUUACCACUGUUGAACCCAUUGACAUAGCUGUGGAAUCAUCUGCCCCAUCUACACCUACUCUGAACCUAGAUACAACUAUUCCUGUUGAACAAAUAGAGUUGCCUACAACACCUACCUCUGAGCUGGUGGCUGAGACUGAAAUGAAAAUUUCACCUGAUACACAGCUCCCAGGUCUCAUUGAAUCAGUGGAAAUUUCAACAGACAUGCCACAUGAAUUUGUUGAGCCCAAGGACUUGCCCAGCAACCUGAAAGAGCUGCUGCCUCCUCUGCCCUCUUCUGCUCUAUCUGUGCCCUGUGAAUUUCCCUCAUUGGGGCAGAUCAGAUGCCCUCCCAAUGAAGAGACCCCGGUUCCAACACCUGUUGUUAAACCAGCCGUUGCACCUGUACUGCCUCCCAUAACUGAAACAGCGGGCCCACUUACUUCUCCACAGGCUGUCGUCAAUGAGGAAGACCUGAGGAAGCAGAUCAGAGAGGAACUGCAGAAAUUCCUGCAAGAAGAGAUGAAUAUGGCACAGAUUAAGCUCCAGCAACAGUUGAAGAAGGAGAAAGCUAAGGCUGAGGUAGAAGCUUAUUCCAAAGCUCAACAGCAGAUCCAGGCAGAGGUUCAGAAGAUGCUGGAGAAAGAGCAGCUAACCCUUCAGCAGACUCUAAAAGAUGUUAUUAUGCACAAGAACAUUCAGGAUGAGCAGCUUGCAAGACAGUAUUAUUGGAUGGAGAGAAAGAUUCAGAAGCUGGAAGAAAAGGAGAGAGACCUGGCAAAGCAGGACCGUGUACAAAGCAUGUACAUGGAGCAGAUAGCCAAGCUUGAGGAGAAGACUGCACAGUUCACCAGAGUCACAGCAGAGAGCUUCAAAAAGGGUCUGGAGGAAACCCACAAACGUUUCAAGAGAUACCAGAUUAAGCCAGUUUGCUCAGAGCUACAAAGUGAGAUUUUGAAAUGUUAUUUGCAAAAUACAGGCCAGAUUUUGACAUGCUCCAGUAUUGCCUCACAGUACGUGAAGUGUGUGAACAAUGCUAAACAGAAUGGUGAGAAGAAGGUGAGCACAGGAGGUUAAACCUGUUUCCAGGAUGAGCACUACUCUUUUAUUUAUUUAUUUAUUUAUAUAUAUAUAUAUAUAUAUAUAUAUAUAUAUAUAUAUAUAUAUAUAUAUAUAUAUAUAUAUAUAUAUAUAUAUAUAUACACACAGUAUCUCACAAAAGUGAGUACACCCCUCACAUUUUUGUAAAUAUUUGAUUAUCUCUUUCCAUGUGACAACACUGAAGAACUGACACUUUGCUACAAUGUAAAGUAGUGAGUGUACAGCUUGUGUAACAGUGUAAAUUUGCUGUCCCCUCAAAAUAACUCAACACACAGCCAUUAAUGUCUAAACCGCUGGCAACAAAAGUGAGUACACCCCUGAAGUGAAAGAGUACUCACUUUUGUUGCCAGCGGUUUAGACAUUAAUGGCUGUGUGCUGAGUUAUUUUGAGGGGACAGCAAAUUUACACUGUUACACAAGCUGUACACUCACUACUUUACAUUGUAGCAAAGUGUCAUUUCUUCAGUGUUGUCACAUGAAAAGAUAUAAUCAAAUAUUUACAAAAAUGUGAGGGGUGUACUCACUUAUGUGAGAUACUGUGUGUGUGUGUGUGUGUGUGUGUGUGUGUAUAUGUAUGUAUGUAUGUAUGUAUGUAUGUAUGUAUAUGUGUGUGUGUAUAUAUAUAUAUAUAUAUAUAUAUAUAUAUAUAUAUAUAUAUAUAUAUAAUAUAUAUAUAUAAUCAGAGACAAGACGAGCAUUACAAGCGAGUCCGCGCAGUUUUGCAAGAUCCUGCCUUCAGUCAAGUUGCGUUGUUGUUACUAUAUGGAAAAUGUUUAUAGAGUUCAUAAACAAAUCACUGUGCCUUGAUUCUAAAGACUAUUUUGUUACUUCUAGAGAUCUCUAAGAUAUUGCUUGUGAAGGAAGAACAUGAAAUACCCCCAUGAAAUAGUCAACAGUGUUCUCGUCUCUUUGCUUGUGAAGUUGUGAAGAUGCGUGUCAUUUGCAAUUUAAAUGCUGUGAGUGGGAGUGAGUGUGGAGCUGACCUGUAUUUCAGAGGAAGACCUCUGCCAAGUCAUAAACGUCUUUCAAAAUUUGUCCACAA